AUUCUGUUCAAUCUUUCUUGCUAGAGCGUCUAUGAAACUGGAAUCGAGAGAAGGAUUUUUGGCAAACUUCCAUUGAUUCUGUUGUCGGAUAGUCGAGACAUACAAUUAACGGCGGUUGCCGCCGGUUUUUAGUGAAAUUGUGUGAUAUUUAUGAAAGCAUUGGUUAUAUAGUGAAUUAAAAAUGAAGAGCUACUUCUUUCUCGGGGUAGGCGUCCUACUUCUUUCAGGGUGCUGCGCGCAGGAGCCCGGCGGCAGCGUGGAGGAGAUGACAGUGGACGCCGACUGGGGCGCCUCGCGCGAAGGCUCGCGCACCGACGCGGAGGCCGUGCGGCGCGAGGAGGAGGCCAUCUCGCCCGACGGCCUGAGCGUGGCGCAGCAGCGCGAGCUGCGCGACAAGGCGCAGAACUUCACGUUCCAGACCGAGGUCAACCGCAUGAUGAAGCUCAUCAUCAACUCGCUGUACCGCAACAAGGAGAUCUUCCUGCGGGAGCUGAUCUCCAACGGCUCGGACGCGUUGGACAAGAUCCGGCUGCUGUCGCUGACCGACAGCGAGGCGCUGGCCGGCAACCCCGACCUCAGCAUCCGCAUCAAGGCCGACCCCGAGCGGCGCCUGCUGCACAUCAUCGACUCGGGCGUGGGCAUGACGCGCGCCGACCUGGUCAACAACCUGGGCACCAUCGCCAAGUCGGGCACGGCCGACUUCCUGGCGCGCAUGCAGGACCCGGGCCGCGCGAGCGGCGCGCAGGAGACCAACGACAUGAUCGGCCAGUUCGGCGUGGGCUUCUACUCCGCCUUCCUCAUCGCCGACCGCGUGACCGUGGUGAGCAAGCACAACGACGACGCGCAGCACGUGUGGGAGUCCGACGCCAGCGCCUUCAGCGUGGCGCCCGACCCGCGCGGCGACACGCUGGGCCGCGGCACACACAUCACGCUGCACCUCAAGGAGGAGGCGGCCGACUUCCUGCAGGCCGACACCAUCCGCGCGCUCGUCAAGAAGUACUCGCAGUUCAUCAACUUCCCCAUCUACCUGUGGGCCUCGCGCACCGAGACGGUGGAGCGGCCCGCCGACGCGGACGCCGACGCCGACGCGGACGCCGACGCCGACGCGCGGGUGGAGGACGAGGAGCGCGAGCCCGAGCGCGCCGAGCGCACGGUGUGGGAGUGGCAGGUCAUGAACGACAACAAGCCGCUGUGGACGCGCAAGCCGGCCGACGUGCGCGAGGACGAGUACGCGCAGUUCUACCGCAGCCUCACCAAGGACGCGGCGGCGCCGCUGGCGCACGCGCACUUCGUGGCGGAGGGCGAGGUGACGUUCCGCGCGCUGCUGUUCGUGCCGCGCGCGCAGCCCGCCGACUCGUUCAACCGCUACGGCUCCAAGACCGACCACAUCAAGCUGUACGUGCGCCGCGUGUUCAUCACGGACGAGUUCAACGACCUCAUGCCCAACUACCUGGCCUUCAUCCAGGGCAUCGUGGACUCGGACGACCUGCCGCUCAACGUGAGCCGCGAGACCCUGCAGCAGCACAAGCUCAUCAAGAUCAUCAAGAAGAAGCUGGUGCGCAAGGCGCUCGACAUGCUCAAGAAGAUCCCCGACGACGAGUACGAGCACUUCUGGCAGGAGUACUCCACCAACGUCAAGCUGGGCGUCAUGGAGGACCCGUCCAACCGCUCGCGCCUGGCCAAGCUGCUGCGCUUCCAGUCGUCGCGCAGCGAGCGGCCCGCCUUCCUGGCCGACUACGUGGCGCGCAUGAAGCCCGGCCAGUCGCACAUCUACUACAUCGCGGGCGCCAGCCGCGCCGAGGUGGAGCGCUCGCCCUUCGCCGAGCGCCUGGUGGCCGCGGGCUACGAGGUGCUGUUCCUCACGGAGGCCGUGGACGAGUACUGCCUGUCCGCGCUGCCCGAGUACGACGGCAAGAAGUUCCAGAACAUCGCCAAGGAGAUCUUCGACCUGGACGAGAGCGAGGCGGAGCGCGCGCGGCUGGAGGCGCAGCGCGCGGAGUUCGAGCCGCUCACGCGCUGGCUGGGCGCGCAGCUGGGCGAGCUGGUGACGCGCGCCGCCGUGUCGCGGCGCCUGGCGCGCUCGGCCGCCGCGCUGGCCGCCACGCCCUUCGGCUGGACGGGCAACAUGGAGCGCCUGGCCAUGUCCAACGCGCACCAGAAGGCGGACGACGCGCAGCGCCGCCACCAGCUGGCGCAGAAGAAGGUGCUGGAGAUCAACCCGCGCCACCCCGUGCUGCGCGAGCUGCUGCGCCGCGUGCGCGACGACCCCGACGACCCGGCGGCGCAGCGCGCGGCGCGCACGCUGUACCGCACGGCCGCGCUGCGCUCCGGCUUCCUGCUGCAGGAGGGACAGGCCACCGACUUCGCGGCCGCCGUGGAGGACAUGCUGCAGCAACAGCUGGGCCUGCCGCCGGGCGCGCCCGAGCCCGACCCCGCCGACGACGCGCCCGACGCCGACGCCGACGCGCCCGACGCCGACGAGCUCGACGCGGAAGCCGACGCGCACGAGGAGCUGUAGGCUGUGUCCUAAGACUGCGUUUUUUUUUACAUUUCGGUGCGAUGUGUCCGCGCGUACCGGUGACUGUUAGUGUAAAUAAACUCUUAAUAUUUAUUUA